UGGUGGAUUUGCAGCAGCUGCAGAGUCAGUCACAGGUCUUUGGUUUGUGGCGAAGACGCGUCGGAUUCUCGGCCCCUGUUCACACAGUAGACGCACGGAAUUCUCGGCCCCUGUUCACACAGACUUGUCGGUUUCUUCUGCUCUCUCUCUCUUUUCUUCCCCCUCCCACGUGGUGGCAUACACGGGAAGUCACGUGCUCUCCCGAAUGCUGAAGGGGGAUUUCCUGGCCACGCCCCCUCCUCCCUUUCAGUGACGUCCCCGGGAUGCUCAACCAAUCAGCGGAGCCGACCGCACAAUCGGGGAAUUCCAGAGGCUCCAUAGAGGAAGAACUCGAGAAAAAAACUUUUAUCUGCGAAGUUGUGAGAUCUGUACCGGGGGGGCUGCAGCCGCCUAGAGGCCGGGGGUAACGCGACCACCAGCAUGAGGGAGCCGGGCAGGACAGGUAGUUCCUAAUGGCAUUUCACAAACCCAUCCUCCAACACUAGAAGAAGUUAUGGAUUACAUUACUGCAGACUCUGGUAGACCUACAUGGGAAGGUGAAUCCAGCAUCCUCAGCACCGUCACGGUCGGCCAAUGGACACCCCCAGUGGAACUUCCCCCCCAAAACUGGGUACUAGGCCAGAACACUCCAGCACCACAACUUAUCAUUACAGAACAGCCAAAACAGCGCGGGAUGAGGUUCCGGUACCAGUGUGAGGGGCGGUCUGCCGGCAGUAUCCUCGGAGAGAGCAGCACUGACCACAGCAAGACGCUUCCCGCUAUUGAGCUAGUGAACUGCGAGGGAAUUCAUGACGUAAAAGUCAGCGUCUGCCUGGUUUGGAAAGAUCCCCCUCAUCGUAUCCACCCACACGGCCUGGUGGGUAAGGAUUGCCAUGAUGGUAUUUGUGAGGUUAUAAUGCAUCCUGAUGAAGGACAGACUCAGCAUAGCUUUAGCAAUCUGGGUAUCCAGUGUGUUCGGAAGAAGGAAAUUGAGUCAUCUGUGAAGGCGAGACUGAGUCUGGGCAUAGAUCCCUACCAUGCUGGCAUGUGGCGGCACCAUGAAGAGGUGGAUCUGAACGUUGUUAGGCUCUGCUUCCAAGCCUGGUAUAAUACCUCAAGCGGAAAGGCUUUACCCAUUGGCCCUGUGCUGUCAGAGCCGGUGUACGAUAAAAAAUCCACUAACACAUCAGAACUGAAGAUCUGCCGGAUGAAUAAGGAUAGCGGCCGCUGUGAAGGCGGAGAGGAGAUUUAUAUCCUGUGUGACAAGGUGCAGAAAGAGGAUAUCCAGGUUAUGUUCAUAGAAGGCAAAUGGGAGGCACGAGCCGAUUUCUCACAGGCCGAUGUUCACCGACAGAUCGCCAUCGUCCUGAAGACGCCUCCAUAUUAUGAUUUACACAUACAAGACCCGGCCCCUGUCCAAGUAUGUCUACAGAGGAUCACAGAUGGGAUCCGCAGCGAUGGAGUGACGUUUACGUACAUACCACGGGACGAUUCCUAUGGAGUGCGCAAAAAGCAACCACGUCUCUCUACUUCCUACGAGGAUCUUAGCGUCCCGGAUCCUCAUUUUAUUGAAAGUAAAAGGAAACAAGUCAGGCCUGACUAUAGAGAACACUGCGCUCCCAUGACAGAUGUCUUUUCCACACAUAAACCCGCCUUUUCUGGCUUUGAUUAUUUGCCUGUGAUGAAUAUGAUGGGCACCAAUGAACCUGUAUACCAUGAACCUUCUCAUAUCGAAGACACCACUGCAAAUUUCGAAACCCUAAUGUCAUGGUUUCCCUCAGGAAUCAAUGAUUUAACGGACCCGGCGACCUUUGACACCUUGCUGUCUGUUCCGGAGGAUGAAGCGACAGCCAGUUUGGUGGGAAACAGCCUGGCCCUUACUGGGGAGCUUGGACGGCAGUUCCCGGAUUGCGCUUUCUCAGAGGACUCGAGAAUGGGCGGCUGUUGACCACUGUUAAAGAGUCACAAAACUUUCAUGAAUGCACUUAAAGGAGUACUCCGGCGCGCACUUUUUUUCCUUUUAUCCCGUCCGG